AUGCCAAUUAGUGAAGACGAAAUUGAUUACAACAGAUCACAAGAGCCACAAUCAACAAUGUCUAAGGCAGAAUUAAGAAAAACUCAUAAGCCUAUUAUGGAAAAAAGAAGAAGAGCAAGAAUAAAUCAUUGUCUUAAUGAAAUCAAAACUCUAAUUUUGGAAGCUAUGAAUAAAGAUCCUUCACGUCACACGAAACUCGAAAAAGCAGAUAUCCUGGAAAUGGCCGUAAAGCACCUCCAAAACGUUCAACGUCAACAACUAGCUAUGGCGAUGGCUUCAGAUCCCACUGUUUUAAGAAAAUUCAAGACAGGUUUCAACGAGUGCGCAGCUGAAAUAGAUAGAUAUAUGAACCAAAGUGACAGCGUCGACAACUCUAUGAAAUUAAGAGUAGUAAAUCACCUCCAAAAAUGUAUAGGAGGCAUAGAACAAGUGGCGCAAUUUUCUUUUGGUAACGUUUCGUUUGUAUCUGGAUCGUCUACAUCUCAAAUUGGAUCCAAUACGGGAGAUCAAAACAAUAAUCCUCGUAUACAGAUUCCUCAAGGUAUACAGUUAAUACCGAGUAGAUUACCGAGUGGAGAAUUGGCGUUGCUGGUUCCAAAUUCCAGAAACAUCAAUUUUUUUCCGACAAAUCAAAGACCAAGCGCUUUCGCAACUGUGAUACCCUCUUCAACCGCCGACGCGUCAAAACCCUUAAGUCCUCCCGUCAGUCCUGUUAUUCAAGAUGAAUUGAUAACGCGUAGCCGAUCACCACAAGGUUUUAGACCGGUUGUAUCCACUAAACACUACAAUGAAGAUCAUCAAGUUCCCCAAAUAACAUCAACGGCCGCUCCUUCAAUGGAAGUUAAGUCGCUAAAGUUCCCAAUCAACAAAAGAUUAGAUUUUCCUAAAAAAAUCGGAGAACCUCUCUGCAUAAUUACUAAUCAAGCUGAAAGAUAUAAACAAGCACAAACGAGGGAAGAUUCAGCACAUUUCGAAGAAAAUAUAACGAGAGGAGUAAAAAGGAAGUGUCCAGAAUCACACGGAUUACUAACCAUGGUAAAUGAUGGUUUCUUUCACCCGCCUGCUCCAAAAAUAGUUAAAACUCAGUUAUUAACUCCAGAUUGUAAACCAUCGUCUAGUUUUUGCGAUGAUGAUGGUAAAAAAAUAAAGCAGGAAUCACCUAUUUCUAAAGAAUCAUCCGAUUCAGCUAAUGACAUGUGGAGACCUUGGUGA